AAUUAUGAAGACCUUUGAUUUUAAAUUAUUUUUUCCCGAGCCGUACCACCUGGAAAUUGACAGAAUAAGUGUGAGAGAAUCAUUCAGUACUGCGGGUCCAAACAGUCCAUGGAUGCUUUGCGGUACGCAACUAGGCCCAGUACCCUGCUCGGUUAGAGAAUGGGUAAGUCACUAAUAGGAAUUAUGUAUUUUGGAAAUUGGAACUUGGAAAUACUUGGAACUCGUUUUCCAUUGCAAUCUUCUAUGCCCCUACUAAUUGAAGGUUAAAAUAUCAUGAAAUGAGGAAUAACAUUAAUGGUUAUGAGGUUGCUGAUAGUACAAGAGAAAAGGAGGAGACUAAUGCUGCUUGCUUCUAAAUUAUCUGGUUGGAACUCAGGCGUACACCAAGCAUAAAUCGAGGGUGCAUUCUAUGAAUUUAAUUUACCCAGUACAAAUAUAAAGUGUGUAAUGUACUUGACCAUUGGUAAUUUGCUGGUGGUUUCAGUUUUGUGUUGAUACCUGUUAUUGACGUUCUCUAACAUGGCAGAUUUAUCGCAUGCUGAACAGUAUUACAACAGUGGCAAAUAUUCAGAAGCAUAUGAAAUAUAUGAUGUGCUUUUGAAUAACGAACCGCAAAAUGUUGACCUUUUGUUAGGCAAAGCAAAUUGUUCCACAUUCCUCAGCAAAUGGCACGACAGUUUGGAGAAUAUUGAGAAAGCUUUUGUAUUGACAAAUUUGGAUUCUUCAAUUGUAAAGACUUUUCUUAACAAUUUAAUCAAGAACAUAAGCACAAAAGCAAGAUUGAAUGAAUACAAGGAGGAAAAGAAUUUUGAAGCUAACUUAAUAUGUGAAAUUUGUUAUGAGGUGUUAUGCUACCCAGUAACACUGUUAUGUGGUCACACAUUUUGCAGGCAGUGCGUUUUACGAAGCAAAAAAUGUCUCUUCUGCAGUGACCAUCUCCUUUUUGAAAAAUCAGACAAUUUAUCUGUUAAUGUUGUUUUAACAAGUAUUACUGAAAAUUGUUUUCAAGCUAAGAUGAAGGCUUUUCAAUUGAGGUGUGAAGGGAAUGAUUUUUUUCCCCAUGGUCAGUACGAAGCUGCAUUGAAGAAAUAUACAGAAGCAUUGCAACUAGAUCCCACAAAUCAUUUAAUCCUUGGCAAUUUGUCACAUGUUUGUACAGCCUUGGAAGACUAUGAAGCAGCACUGGAUUAUGCAAAUAGAGCAUGUAAUAUGUCAUCAACAUGGGAAAAGGGACAUUAUCGAAAAGCUCAAGCUCACGUUGGUCUAAAGAAUUACUCUCAAGCAACUGUUUCUUAUCUCAAGAUUCUUCUUAUUGAUCAACAAAAUGACAUAGCUCGCAAAUCUUUGGAAAAGGUGUUCGUAGAAAUACUAACCAACAGUAUAAACCCGGGAAACUCGAGUACGAUUGAUGAUCUCGCUGCAUCUCUGGAUGGUUUAAUUGAAGGUCAUGGAGAUAGCGAACAGAAAAAUAUCGGUUGUUUUGAAGAUGUCCAGUCAAUUUUAUCUGUGAAACUCGGCAUAACUGAUUUAGAAUGCUCUCUAUGUUGCCGGAUGUUUUAUGAGCCAGUCACGUGUCCAUGUGGUCACACGUUCUGCCAGUGGUGUCUCAACAGAUGUUUGGAUCACAAUCCUGUUUGUCCUGUAUGCAGAUAUUCAAUUAAUGAGUAUAUCAACAACGAAAUUCAAAAUAUUACAAGAAGCAUACAAGCUGUUUGUAAAGGAUAUUUUCCCAAGAAAUUUGAGGAACGAAAACGUCAACAUGAAGAAGAAGUAGCAAGACUUGCAAGUGUUGCUUCCGAUACUGACGAAGACAUUCCAAUAUUUGUGUGUACGUUGGCCAUUCCCACAAUUCCUUGCAAUCUUUGUAUAUUUGAACCACGGUAUCGUCUAAUGAUCCGGGAAUGUAUGGUAUCUGGCUCGAGACAGUUUGGCAUGUGUUGUCCAAGUGAAGAUAACAGUUUCUCAGAUUAUGGAGUUAUGCUAGAAAUCGAAGAUUUUACUUUGCUACCAGAUGGAAAAUCUUUUGUCAAGUCAGUGGGAGGAAGACGCUUCAAGGUUUUAAGCCGUGGUGUGAAGAAUGGUUAUAAUACAGCAAAAGUUGAGUGGCUCAAAGAUAAAUCAUUUUCAGAGGAAGAGAUAGAGAUUAUCAGAAACCGUCAGCAGUACAUCUAUGCCAAAAUCGUGAACUGGUUCUCAUCAAUGUCUAUAUUCGAAAAGAUACAUUUGUUAGCUGAAAAUCAAAUACCAAUGCAUCCUCCAGAGUGUGAUACUGAGAAUAUCACUAACCGAAACGGCCCAAACUGGAUCUGGUGGUCUUUGCAUCUUCUUCCCAUGCAACCCGCGAUGAAACUUCAAAUUAUUUCAAUGACUAACAUACGACAACGUUUGGAUAGAAUUGAACAAUUCUUUCAGAACAACACAUGAGUAUAUACAAUGAUUUUAGUGGUUGAAUAUUA